UCUUUGACAAAUUUCAAGGAUCUUGGUAGGGGAACUGUGGAUGCUCAAUCUGGAAGUCUAUUUUAAUGGGAGUGGACAUAGCGUCCAGCGCCGUCCUAUUCCCUUCGCACCUCUACAAACCCAGGUAUGUCUCUUCCUCGAGAAGAAAAAGAAGUGCUUCUUCUGCAAUGAAGAAGAGGGCUCUAGUUUUCAUUGCUAGUGCCAGCACCGAGCUCCAAUCCGCCGCGACCCAGAAUGGCAGCCUCGUCGAUGACCUUGCUGCCGUGCCGAGCUGCCCCACUCCCGAUUUCUCCCGGGGUGUGGGAACUCACGUCACUUUGCUCAACCCGCUAAAGGUGCUGGUGCCACCCAGCGCUCGCGUUCCACACAGAAGAUCUCUCCUCGUUUACGUUCCAGGAAUGGAUUGCACGGGCCAGGGGAUUCGACCGCAGUUGCCAUCUCUCGUCGCUGCCGGCCACGACAUAAGAUGUGUAUACAUCCCGAGCAGCAACAGAUCAGGGUGGUCGUCACUCACGGCCACGCUCGCUCCUCUCUUGAGACACGAGGCCAAAGGUUACGAGCAAGUAAUUCUGGUUGGCGAGUCUUUUGGAGGGCGUUUGGCUUUGCAUUUGGCUAGAGCGGCAGGCGAUGUUGUGUCUCGUCUCGUUUUGGUGAAUCCUUCCACGAACUUGGCACAAAGCAACAAGCUUGCCAGCAUUGUUGGUCACACUGGCAUUCUCGCGCUCUUUCCGGAGCCUCUCUACGAGUUUGCUCAGGACAUUCUCCUGCCUUUGAUGGUGAAGAGAAACCGUGUUUCGUCCACAGACGACGACCUUCUUUCGCCCAUAGACUUCGUUCCUGCCGAGUGUGCUGCGUUUCGUUUAUCCAUGCUUAACGAUCAAGCGGAGCUUUCAGAUGGCGAGCUUCGAUCCAUCCAGAUGCCCACGCUGAUUCUAUCCUCGGCAAAGGAUCGAAUGUUAGCGUCGCUAGCCGAGGGUAUCCGGCUCCAAAGUCUCAUUCCAAACUCCAAGAGGGUCAUUCUUCCAGACAGUGGACAUAUGGCUUUGCUCGAGGAUUGCAUAGACUUGGCUGAGAUCAUGGAUGAUCACGGUUUUCAUCAUCCUAAUGCAUCCCACGAUCAGCCAAAUGACGCUGUUCCAGAUGAGACGAUGGAUCAACUUGGCGAUAUACUCGGUCCAUGGCGUUUCUUGACGUCUCCAUUCAUCUCCGGGGCUGACAACUUGCCUUCUCCUUCUCUCUUGCGUGGAAGACCCGUGCUGUUUGUCGGAAACCACACAAUAUUUGGUGUAUAUGAUUCAGCAGUUCUUGUUCACGAGCUGUUUCUCCGGGGGUUCAAGUGCCGCACUCUCGCUCAUCCUGGUCAUUGGAUGUCUGCAGUGGGAACUUUUUUCGAAAAAUAUGGCUGUGUUAAAGCCAACAAGUUCGAAGCUUACAGAGUCCUCAAGGAAGGGCAGCACGUACUUUUGUUCCCGGGUGGUGCAAGAGAAGUCUGCAAGCGUAAGCAGGGGGAAGAAUACAAACUCUUUUGGAAACCCACUACUGAUUUUGUUCGAAUGGCUAUCCGUCUCAAUGCGAUCAUCGUUCCAUUUGGUGCUUUAGGUGGCGACGAAGCAUUUAAAGUAUUUAUGGACUCAAACGAUAUUUUACAGUCGCCAUUGAGUAACGUUGUUAGGCAAGUGUACACAGCACUUAACCUGGAUAUUGAGAGUGUUCAUCCCAUCAGCACAUUUCCUUUCACAAAUCUUCCCAGUGCAAUUCCUUUCCCUUAUUAUUUAAAGAGAAUCUACUUCCACUUUGCCGAACCUGUGGAUACUUCUCGAGUGGAUUUUGACAUUGGCGAUCGAGAAAAGUGUCGAGAAUUAUAUAUGCUGAUGAAAGAGAGAGUUGAAAAGAGCAUUGAUCUGCUAAAACAAGUGCGCAAGAAUGAUCCAGAGCAAGAGCUGCAAGAAAGGAUGGUAGCCAGACUGAAAAGAGUUUUACCAGCUGCACGAAGGCGUACCUCCUCUUCUUUAGCGUAGUCAGCUUUGUAAGAUGGCAAAUGUCCAAGCUGAAGAUGUACCUUUCCGAGCACUGCCAUUUGGUGAUUCCUGGGCUGAUUGCUUCUCCCUUGGCCAGCAGCAAGAAAAUGGUGAUCGAUCUCAAUGUAUUUACCACACUGCUACCAUGGCCCAGAGAUUUUUUUAUUGAAGUCCUGGAGAUUCAUGGACAAACGAAGACACCUCAGAGGAUCAAAGAGAUCCUGGAGUUUUCGGCAAUUUAACGCGAAGAAAGUAUGGUACUAGUCCUUUUGCUGC